AGGCCUGGUAGUAUUAUAGCAGAUUUCCGGCUGAAAUUUAACACAAGUGUUAGUGCCGAUGAAGCUUUGGCUCCCUUAAAGGAAGAAGCGGCCAAAGGGAAGCUUGGGAUCUUAGAGGUGGAACCAAAUUCUCUGAAGCUAAGAAACACUGAAAAAGGUUAGGUUUUAGUACCUCUUGAGUCCUAUGUAUUGAACAAACAAACAAACAAACAAACUCCUCCCUAGAGAACUUUAUUGAUCUUGCAUGGAUUGAAUGUCAACCGUACCUAUGCUCUAUGGGGAAUAAAACAUGUCAACCUACGUUGUCAAGGAUUUUUGUCAUGACUCGACGCCAGGCCAAACGAACGUCAACCCCUUCCAUGAAAGCCAUAUAAAAUUUAAGAAAAGCUGACAUUAUCUGUCGAUAGUAACACUUAAUUGGAACUUUUGUGGAAACUCCCAAGUGAUAUGUGGCGAUGCAAAGCGAGAAUUUUUUUUUUCUUGCUCCACAUAUUUUUUACACAUCAAAGAUUGCAGAAAAGGUUGUCUAUUUAAUCUAGCUUGCUAGAGUUUCAGAAGUUAAAGACUAUCAUUUUAAUUUAUAGAUCUCUAAACUAGAAGCAUAAUAACGUUCUGUUGGGAUGUUUGUCACUCACAACGGUUAAAGACAAUUUAAUCCUCUUAACAAAUCCAAGAAGUUAAUGAAUGCUGAAUAUAGUCAAGUACGGUGCCCUUGGACAAAGAGGAGAAUGCAAGGAGCCAAAAAAGUGUGCCCCCUUUUGAUUUAUUCACAUUCUUUUGUGCAGAUUUAAUCCAAUCAGAAGCCAGCUGGAAACUGUCCUCGACUUCUGAUUGGUUAAUGUCUACAUGAAAGAAUGUGAAUUAAUUAAAGGAGGCCUGUCACACUUUUGGGCUCCUUGCUGUAAUAUUAUAAUUAAAAUAAUAAUUAUCUUUUAAGAAAAAGAACACAAACAGCGGUGAUUAACAUAUUCAAUUGCAACUUACCAAUUUUUAUAAACUUCACGUUUUGUAUGUUACUCAACAUACAUUUUCAAAAGUACCGUUACAAUUUUGAAAACUAUACUUGUAUAAUAGUGAAAAUUAAAGAAUGGGACCGAGAUUAAACAAAAAACUUAACAAUUAAUCUAUAAAAAGAACCAACUAAUUAAUAAAGCAUCAGCUUCUCGCUACUGACGUUUACAUUGAAAGCUGGCUUCAGUUCCUGUUAAUGCAAUGCUACUUUGAUUUUACAGUGAUAAUCAGUUUUUCCCGAAGCUAAGAUAUCAAAAUGAUCCCACUUGAUGCUGUGUCCGGUGGUGUUGACAUAGUCAGCAACAGAGCUCUAAAGUGUGACGAAAUAAAAAAUUUAAUUUGUGAAAUUAUGGGAUUUGUCAGGAUAUUCUGAAAGAACAACACCCAACGUUUAUAUCCAAGUCAAUUUACAAGGAUUUGUAUGGAGUCAUCGGAGUAUAACUGGGCUAAUAUCUCAGACACAAUUUGCCCCGAAAUGCUAAGUUUUGGCCAGUAGACGUCAUGGGCGUUGUUCUUUCAGAACAUCUUGACAAAUCCCAUAAUUUCACAAAUUCAAUUUUUAUGAAGUCGUCACUUUAGAACUCUAUGGCUGAUGUGCGGUCCCAGUCCCUUUCACUAUUCUGUAAGUAAUAUAUUUUUAAUUCCUUUAACAGAAGAAAAACAAAAGGAAAAGGAGUCAUCCAGUGAGACCAAACUGCCAUUAAUUAUUGGUGUUUCUUGCGGUGUGUUUGUGGUCAUCGCAGUUUUCACAAUAUGUCUUGUUUACGUGUUCAAAUGGAAGCGAAGCACCCAAUUUGGCAGCAACAACGGUGUUUGGAGUGACAUGCCUGCCGAUGAGUGCAACUCAAGACGUGAGAAAUACGAACUGGAAGUCAAGUAUUCGAAGGACAAAGAACUGAUCUUGGUGGAAGAGAAAGGCAUUUCUAACGAAGGGAUGGAUUAA